CAAAGCAUGCCUCAAAGGUCUGUACAAAUAGUAAUUUCAAUUCAAUUUCAAUAUCAGUUUGAUCUAUAAAGUCCAAUAUUACAAAUCACAAUUAGCCUUAGAGGGCUUUACAGUAUACAUCAUCCCUCACGGCAGAUGAGGAAAAACUUUGGUCAUAAAACCCCUUUAACAAGGGAAAAAAACAAAACAAAAACAGUUAUAGUAUUAAACACUGAGAGGAAGGUAAAGUAUGAAAAUACCCAUAAUAAACCACCCAUGAUAACACUUAUCUUAACGCACAGGACAAAAUAAAGUCAGGAGCAAGAAAUAAUAGUCGUUCUUUACUAUCAGCUUCUGACAUGCUCUCAGUUGUUUUCUAGAAAUGGAUCAUACACCACAAUCAAGUUUUCCACCUGAGUGGAGACUCCAGGCCACAGCAGGGCCUGGUCCUCCGUCAUCAUCAUCAUCAUCAUCAUCGUCAUCAUCAUGCUCUGAAGGAUCUGCUCCUGCUCCUCCUCGUCCUCCUCAACCGCCUGCUGUCACAAGCUCCUGGCCACCAACAAGUGGUGCGACUUGCUGAGUGUCUAGUGGAGCGCUGCAAAAGAGGGUACAUCUACAACAGCGGAGUGGAGGAAAUCGUGAAGCUUUGGGAGAAUCUCGACGAGGUCGAUAAGGCCCGUGUGAAGUACCCUCCACGCUACAAAGUCGUGGAAGACUUUUACAAACGGUAGGUGUCAAUGCAUUCUGUUCUGAUAGCUGGGUGCACUUCGUAAGUACCUGGAUCCAUCACACAGCCAACAGAUCUAUGACUGUCUCUGAAAAUAAACCUGAACAGAUUGUAUUAAAUGCUACUAAACCCUGUCACCACUUUUGGUUUCAGCCGCAUCAUAACACCCAGAGAUCGAGGAACGUGGCUGGACGCCAGCAGACUUGUGGAGGCUAUCUUUGUCCGGCUGUGUGUCCUCCACCAGAGCAGCAGCAUCAGGGAGAGGGGUCGUUUAAUCCCCCGCUUGACUCUAGUUCUGAGGGACUAUAGAAUGAUCAGGGACGCUGUGUUGUCCCACCCGCGAGUCAUGUCCAGAACAACUCUCCAGCUUUUUUCUGUGAGCAAGAAAACCGUGUCUGAGUGGCACCAACCAUGGGUCAACAACCAGGAGAGGAACUUCCUGUCUCCAUUUAUCCACAACAUAAAAGAAACUGGCACCGCAGCUUCCUCCACCCCUGCAGCCUCCUCCACCUCGGCUUCCUCCAUCCCUGCAGCUUUCAGCAACUCUGCACCUUCUUUCACCCCUGCAGCUUCCUCCACCCACGUAGCUUCCCCUUCCCCAGCAGCUGCCUCCAUUCCUGCACCUUCUUUCAUCCUUGCAGCGUCCUCCACCUCUGCUUUAUCCAUUCCUGCAGCUUCCAACAACUCUGCAGCCUCCUCCACCCAAGCACCUUCCCCUGCCUCAGCAGCUCCAUCCACUCCUACACCUUCUUUCACCCCUGCAGCUCCCUUCUAUCCUGCAGCUUCCUCCACUCCUGCAGCUCCCUUCACCCCUGCAGCCUCCUUCACCCCUGCUCCUCCCUCCACCCCAGCAGCUUCCUCCAGCCCUGCAGCCUCCCCCACCACUGCUUCCUCCAUCCCUGCAGCUUCCAGCAACUCCGCACCUUCUUUCACCCCUGCAGCCUCAUCCACCCAAGCAGCUUCCUCUGCCCCAGCAGCUCCCUCCGCUUCUGCACCCUCCUCCACUCCUGCAGCCUCGUCUACCCCAGCAGCUUCCUCCAUCCCUCCUCCACGGUCCCGCAGCACAGCCUAUCGGAGGAGGCUGAGGGAGAAGGAGCAGCGUCUGGCCCAGGAGCAAGGUGUUACCCUCAUACAGCAGAGGAGAAUGAUGGAGACUUACACGUGUAAGCAGUGUGGACAGCCAAAGACCAAAGAGUUCGGUCACAGCCAGUACGGAGGAGAACACUUCUGCUCCAAGGCCCAGGGUCGCUCUGCGGAGGAGUGGUUGGAGGAGAAGAGGAGGCAGCAUCAGAACAGUUAGCUCCACACAACACUUUCUGACUCUUUAUGUCCUGUUGCUGUGUGUCUGGGCCUGUUGUUUCGUUUGCAUACACAGGUUGUGUUUUCUGCUGUGUUGAUGUUCGGAGUGAAAUAUGUUUUAAUUUAAUUUACACUGAAAGUGUCUUGUAGAGGAAACAGCUGUGUCUCUUUAGUUCAACCUCUUGAUCUGUGAAUUCAAAGCUACUUUGUGUGUGCGAAAGUUUCAGGAUUGUAAAUACUUCAGGUGUCUUCAGACAGACAGUGAAGUGAGUGUCCAGCCUUCCAGUCUCUCGUCUUGAGCAUAUUUAUGUGUGCACCAGUGUCCUGGUUGUGACAGACCUGCAGUACUCUGACAGGUGACUGUAUUGCUGCUGUUGUUUUCCAUCAGUGGUGAUCAGAGAAGCUGAAUCUAGUCAGAGAGCAGCUGAGGGGAGAGAGCUCUGUACAGAAACACGAUCAGGAAUCAAACCACACUUGCAGGCAGGAGAUGAUUCAGUGUAUUAAUGUAAAACAGCUGUUUUUAUGUUUCACCUUGUUGACGGUUAAUAAUGUCUUUUUAAUAACUCUUGAGUCGUUCAGUAAAAACAGGCCUCCUGUGCCGAGCCGUGGGUUGAGUCUCAGACUGUGUUCUUGUUUCAGAACGAUUUGAUGAUCAUUCCAGUGCAGGUCAGUAACAGCACUGUGCACUUUGAUACUGAAAUGGAGACGGAAGAAUUUAAAGUUAGAAAUUAACAUUACAAACCAGUCUUUUGAUGAAAAAUUCUGCCAAAACAAAAUCUUUAACAAGUGAUGUGAAGCAGCCAGGUUUGGAUUAUCUUUGGACCUGAUAUUUGAGAUGAUGACACCAUCAGUGUCCAAAUCUGACGUCUGGAAUAAGACUUUCAAAGAUAGAAAAUUUAUUUUACACAGGUUUAACACAGAAGGCUUCACUUCGUUUUAAAUUCACCACUUUAUUUAAAAUCUAUAAAGAGAGAGAGAGAGAUCCUCAGAUAAAUCCAUCUCCCACUGGCAGCCUGUAAUCUUUUCAGCGGCUCGUCACGUGAAGAGAUUUAAAUCAAAGAAGGUGA